ACAUUCACUAAUUAUUAAUUUUUUAGAUUUAUGUUUUUUUCAUUAGCCUUAUUACCCUUAUUUUAAUAAAAAGCAUAAAAUAAAAUGGCAAGGAAUAAACUAAUAAACUAUUCCUACAUUCUUAGCAUCACCUCUGUAUGCCUACUGUUUUAUAUUAGCAGUGUUUUUGCUCAAGAAGAUAUUGAUGUUCCAGUUUCAAAACUUAGUCAAAAUGUAGGAAAACCUACCUUGAAAUUUUUAUAUUGUUAUUCUUGUGGAUAUAAAAAAAUGUUUGAUCAGUAUGAGCAGCUCAUAAACAAUAAAUAUAGGUACAUACUGGUGGAUGGAGCAAAUUAUGAUCCACCAGGCAUCUACAUGUUUUUGGUUAGAGUAAUUGGAACCCUUAAAAUAGUUGCAAUACUCUGCCUAAUUAGUGGAAUAAAUGUUUUUCAAUGCCUCAAUAUGCCACAACCAUCUUGGUACCAAUGGUGCCUAGAAAACAAAAUCUAUGCUUGUAUGAUGCUUUUCUUCCUGUGCAAUCUGGUUGAAGGACAACUGAUAUCUUCAGGGGCAUUUGAAAUAUUUUUGAAUGAUGUUCCUAUUUGGUCUAAAUUGGAAAGUGGAAGGAUUCCCCAGCCAGCCGAGUUGUUCCAAAUAAUUGAUAGUCACAUGCAAUUCACUGAUACCAAAUUAGAACUUAAAGGCUAUGCCAAAUAACUUUAUAACAUAUGGAUAUUCUAGUUAAAAGUUUAUGUGGAUGAAGAGUUGAGUUCAUUACUUAAGAGGAAGAAAAUUGACUUGUUAUGGACAAAUAUUACAUAUGUAUAGAAAAAUUAGUCAUCUCACGUUUUUUAUUUUGUAUAAUAAUUGUCAUUUAAUUUAUCUGAACCAAUGAAAUUUAGAUGUAUUUUUAUACUUACUUAACAUCUCAAAAUAUGUAGAAUUUUAUAUGUUAAUCACUUAGUUUUUCCCUAUUUUGAGAGGUAAAAAUUGUUGUCAAAUCAUUCCUUAAAUAUGACUAAUUUAUGUAAAACAAUCAAAAAUGUAUUAAAUUAUUAAUCAUUAUCCAUUUAGAUAUUCAUUCUGUUGUGAUAUAUAACUGUAAUUUGUAUUUAAAUAAAAUUAAAAAGAAAA